AUGCUGUGUCAACUGGCUACAAGGGAGUGUCUACCUCGUGAAAAAAGACGGCAAACGCCUACCAAAGCGACUACUCUACGGAGAUAUCGUCAAGGUCAACCCCGUUGCUACAAAGACACGGAUCAACCUGAAGAUUUCGAUGACCUUGUGCAGAGCCGACCGGCCUGGAGAAGAGAAAUGAAGACCAGAGGAACCAUCUGUGAAACAAAUUGGCUCGCUGUUGCAACAGCCAAAAGGCCUUCCCGGCUCGCAACGCCAACCCCCUCCCAUUCCCAACAUGUCCGAACUGUCUACGAACAUAACGGAUCAGCCAUGUCGGACAUCGCAGGAUCCAACCCACCGACAGCCGGACAGUCCGACAGCCUCAACCGCUGCCUCUCCUACCGCCCCUGUUUCAACCCCCGUUGCAUCUACUACGAAGACCGCUCCUACCGCCGAUGCUCGGCAUCCCCAUGCCCUGCCGUCGUCGGUUACCGCAGCUUCUGCGACAGUGACAGCGAAUUCCCCAUGUCCCACUUCCAUCACCGAACAAAACUCUCUUGA